AUGGUUACUGUGUCAUACACCGAAACCUCCCCGGCGUUGGCUGAAGGUAAUGCAAUUAUAGAUUGUUUCUGGAUUCUAUUGAUUGCGUACGGCAACUCCCUCAAGUCGCUGCACAUCUCUGUCACCCACAGCCUCAGGAAGCUGCAGACGGACUACAUCGACCUCCUCUACGUCCACUGGUGGGACUUCACCACUAGCGUUGAGGAGGUCAUGCACGGGCUUAACGCUCUGCAGACGAACGCCUACGCGCGAGCCCACGGGCUGCGGCCAUUCUCCGUCUACCAGGGUAAGUGGAAUGCGCGAUGCAGAGACAUGGAGCGCGGAGUCAUCCCAAUGUGUCGGGAUCAGGGCAUGGCGAUUGCUCCGUGGGCCCCGUUAGGUCAAGGGCGGUUCAAGACGGCGGAGGCCCGUGAGGCGGCGCAUGCAGGCGGAGGGCGCUCGGCCCAGAUGAGCGAGGAUGAGGUUAAAGUCUCUGAGGUGCUCGAAGCGGUUGCGCAGCUGAAGAGGACGAGUCUGCAUGCCGUGGUCGAGCACCUUCUGGCGAACAUCGAAACGCUCAACGUUGAGCUGUCCAGGGAAGACAUGGACAAGAUCGAUACAGCUAUAUCCUUCGAUCCGGGGUUCCCGAUGAAUUUCAUCUUCCAGGACAAGGCCUACAACUUGAAUAUGACUGCUGCCGAUGUGACUUACGCCCGCCUUUCAGCACACCUUUAUUUUAUUCCCCUCCUCAUAAACAGCCAGUCAAGCCGCGCAGGGAUAUUUGAAGUUGUAGCUCGAUAUCUGGUGGGCUUCUAUCAUGCUAUUAAAUGUACAUCAACCGCUAAGGUCAUAGACAAGCUUCCUGUUUUGUAUGAAAAUGGAUGA